GAACACAUCUAUCGACAAAAUCGUCAUGUCGAAAUUUAAUACUUUGAUCAAAUUCACGGUGGAGGGAAGCGAUAAGCCUUUCUUCGCCAAAUUAGACCCUCAAACCAAAGUCGCUGCUGGAUCUACCGUGACGGCCUUCCAAUCUUUCGCCGACCUCGAGAGCGGCCAACGCUCAGAACAAGUCAAGAUCAAAAAGCUUCUCGCUCCUCUGCCCUUCGAAAAUGUGCCCAUCUACUGCGUCGGUUUGAAUUACCGCAGCCAUGCGACUGAAGCAAAGCUUUCGGUGCCUGCAUAUCCACCACUAUGGACCAAGCCCGCAGCUUCGUUGGCGGACCCUGCGGACGACAUUGCGCUGAAUCAAUUUUGCGCAACUAGCUUGCCUGACUAUGAGGGAGAGCUCGUUUUCGUCACGUCAAAGGAAUGCAAGAAUGUCAGCGUCAAGGAUGCGCCAUCUUUCAUUUUGGGCUAUACAGUAGGAAAUGAUCUCUCAUGUCGGUUCUUCCAAAUUCAAAGAAACGGUGCGGGCCAAUUCUUCUACGCCAAAGCUUUCGACAAAUUCGCCCCCAUUGGUCCAGCCCUCGUCAGUGCAGGGCGGUAUGAAGCGACGUCGAAGGGAAGGAGGUUGAUCACUCGCGUCAACGGGAAAGUGGUCCAGAACACCGAAAUUGCUACAGACCAGAUCUUCUCGCCUGCACAAAUUUUGAGCCAUAUGAGUCAAGGAACGACAAUCCCCGCAGGCACAGCAGUGAUGACCGGAACUCCAGCAGGCGUGGGCGCAUUUCGAAGUCCUAAAACAUUUCUUCAGGACGGCGAUUCGGUAGAAGUCGAGGUCACCGACGUCGGUGUUCUCCAGAACACCAUUCGCUUUGAAGGGUGAGUGAACUUGCACCAGCAAAGCAGGGCCCAAUGCUUGCAGUGGUGGGUCCGACCUUUCCUCGCGAUCCAAGGUCUAGUGCUUCGUUUGGCUACAUGAAUUGCAGAACCUCUAUGUCCGACCUUGAUGUAAUUAGAAAUUUUGACAUUGUUUAGGAUACUGUUUUUCUCGUGGAGAUACUCGUCCUGAAUGAUGUUUU